AUGAGCCCAAUCCAUGAGGCAGCCGUUGGGGGUAAUGUUGAAAUCCUUAAGCUGCUUAUUGAUAAUGGUGCCAAUAUAAAUUUAAAAGAUAAUAAAGGUCUUCGUCCAUUACAUUAUGCAGCAUGGCAAGGUCGUACUGAACCUGUUUUUAUACUUUUACGUCGUGGUGCUAAUGUAAAUGAACAGUCAAUAAAUGGUGAUACACCAUUACAUUUAGCAAGUCAAUAUGGUCAUAAUGAUAUAGUACAAUUACUUUUAUUUCAUCAAGCUGAUCCAACCAUAGUAAAUCGUCGUUUAUUAACAUCUCUUGAUUUAGCAUGUGAAAAUGGACGUUUUGAUGUUGUUAAUUCACUUGUACAAAAUUCUUUAUGUCAAAGAAUGAUAUUAAAUAGUAACGAACAAAAUUGUUCAUUACAUUUAGCAGCUAAAAAUGGACAUACAGAUAUUGUUCGUUUAUUAUUAUUAAAUGGAAUGGAUAUUAAUCGUAUAACAAUUAAUGAUGGAACAGCUUUACAUGUUGCUUGUAGAAAUGGACGUUAUGAAACAGCAAAAUUAUUAUUAGAAUGUGGCAUUGAUAUUAAUCUUUGUAAUGCAUAUGAACAAACAGCAGAAGAAGUUGUUAUUAAACAAAAAACUGGAAAUGAUAUAAAACGAUUAAUAAAAGAAUUUUCUGAUGCGGUAUUAGUUCGUGCAAUACGUUCAUAUACAGAUAAUCAUGUUGGAGCAUUGAAUUUUUCCGAAGGAGAUUGUAUUACAGUUUUGGAAAGAAAUCCAUCAGGUCAAUGGCGUGGUUUUAUUCUUCAAGAAGAUUUAACUACACGAAUGGGUUAUUUUCCGAAUACACAUGUUCAAUUGAAUAAUACUAUAAUAAAUGGUAAAGAAAUGCGCCAUACAACAUCAGAUGAUAUUCAUCGAACACCACAAUAUAAUGGAGAUUUAUCUCCUGUUGAUAGUGAUUCUUUAUCACGUGUAUCACAAGCUGAUUCUGGUUUAGUAACAACAUCAAGUUGGUGUUCACGUUCAAGACGUGAUAGUCCAACAAGUAAUAGCUAUCGUCAUAGUGCAGCAAGUAGUAUUGAUAGUGGAAGAAGUUCCACAGCUUUAUAUGAUAGUCCAAAAACUCUUGCUUUAUCAAGUUUUAUGGGUGUAACAACAACAAUUAGUCCAUUAUCAUCAACAAAUAAUUCAACAAUUGGUGAUGCACGUUCAAUAUGUAGUAGUGAAUCAAAAUCAUCUGAUCAAGAUAAAACAAGUUAUCGUAGUUCAAAUAGUAGUUUAGAUCGUUUAGAUGAAUCAAACACAUUAAAUAUAAGUACCAAUAUAAAUACAUUAUUACGUAAUAGUGUCCCUGAAAAUGAAAUUGUCUUAUCAUGGUUACGUGAAUUUUCAUAUGAAGAUUAUGCUGAUAAUUUCUUAUCGAAUGGUUAUGAUAUACAAACUAUUGUUCGAAUGACACCUGAAGAUUUAACAGCUAUUGGUAUAACACAUCCAUCACAUCGACGUAAAAUAAAAAAUGAAAUAGCUCGUUUACAUUUACCCGAUGGUUUACCAGAUAAAAAAUUAGAUACACUUCAUGAUUGGAUAUCAUGUCUUCGCUUAAGUCAAUAUUUACCUUUAUUAAAUGAACAAAAUUAUAAACAAUUAUCAGAUAUUAUGGAUAUUGCUUGGGAAGAUCUUGAAGAUAUUGGCAUUACACGUUUAGGUCAUCAAAAACGUUUUAUGCUUGGUAUAAAGCGUCUCAAAGAUAUUAAGAAAGGCCUUUAUCAAGUUAAUACAAAUUCAUCAUCACAAUCUUCAACAGUAGUAUCAUCUCCGAAUAAUCAUCGUUUGCCAUCAACACCAUCAAGACAAUCAAGUGGUUUAAAUAAUCGACCAAAUGUUCCAAUACGACAAACAAAAUCUACACUUGAACGUUGUAAUUCUCUUGAAAAUAAUAGUAUAAUACCAACACAAUUAACUAUUCGAAAACCAUCAAUUCAAUUAUCUCAUCUAUCACCAACACGAAUAACUUCAAAUGGUGAUUCAUCCAAUUAUGCAACUCUUCGAAAACCUCCAGUAUCACCAAAAACACUACUUCAUAAACAACAACAACAACAAAAAAUUAUUUCAAAUAUUAAUCCUAUGGCAACAUCAUCGUUUCGUUUACCACCUCCAUUAUCAUCAACUACAACAACAACAACAACAACAACAAAUAAUACAAAUUCAUCUUCGAAUAAUGAAUUAUUAUCAUCAUCAUCUCGAACACGUAGUUUAGAAAAUAUAAAUUCAAAUGAAAAAAAACUUCCAUCAAUACCAUUACAAAAUGAUACAAAUUCAUCAAUAACUAAUGGAAAUUUAUCACAAUCUAUGCAAACUACACAUAAAAAAACAAAUCUACAAUUAUUAGGUGAUGCUAAUCUAUCAUCAAGUACAGAAUCAACAAAUGGCAUUCCAUUUGCAAAUGAAAAUGUUGGAACUAUAAAACAACGUUCACCACAUAAUCAAAAUAAUAAUUUAUAUAAUACAUCAUUAGAUCCAAUGAAACGUUCAUUACCAAUACAAUUUUUUGAACAAUCAAAUACACAUUUAUUAAAACCAUCGUAUCCAAUGACAACAGCUAUUUAUGAUAAUAAUGAUAGAUUUAUAUCAACAAAUAUACAUUCACCUAAUAAACAAAUACGAAAAACUUCAACAUUAUCACCAACACAAAUUAAUGGAAGAAAUUCAUCAAUAGUAACUGGAGAUAAACGUUUACAAUAUAUUGAAAUUAUUAAAAAAGAUAAACAAAAUAAAACAGUCAAAAAUGACACAACAAAUGCAUUGUCUGAUAUUGAUUCAAUGCUCUCUGAUCUUAAUCGAGAACUUGAUCAAAUGCUUGAUUAUGAACCAAUGUCUUCUACGACUCGACCUUAA